CCUGCCCCUGCGCUCCAGGUCUGCCAUGGCAGCGGCUGCCAGCACUGAGUUCCUUCUGUGCCUCUCCUUUCUGCACCUGCUGUUCGGCUGGUCCGGGGCAGGGCGGGCCGACACACACUGUCUUUGCUAUGACUUCAUCAUCACUCCUAAGUUCAGACCUGAACCACGAUGGUGUGAAGUUCAAGGCCUGGUGGAUGAAAGGCCUUUUCUUCACUUUGACUGUGUUAACCACAAGGCCAAAGCCUUUGGUUCUCUGGGGAAGAAAGUCAAUGUCACAAAAACCUGGGAAAAACAAACUGAAACACUAGGAGACGUGGUGGAUUUCCUCAAAGGACAACUGCCUGACAUUCAAGUGGAGAAUUUAAUACACAUUGAGCCCCUCAUUCUGCAGGCCCGGAUGUCUUGUGAGCACGAAGCCCAUGGACAUGGCAGAGGAUCUUGGCAGUUCCUCUUCAAUGGACAGACGUUCCUCCUCUUUGACUCAAACAACAGAAAGUGGACAGCACUUCAACCUGGAGCCAAGAAGAUGAAAGAGAAGUGGGAGAAGAACAGGGAUGUGACCAUGUUCUUCCAGAAGAUUUCAAUGGGGGACUGUAAGGCAUGGCUUGAAGAAUUUUUGAUGUACUGGGAACAAAUGCUGGAUCCAACAAAACCACCCUCUCUGGCCCCAGGCACAACCCACCCCAAAGCCAUGGCCACCACCCUCAUUCCCUGGAGCCUCCUUAUCAUCCUCCUCUGCUUCAUUCUAGCUGGCUGCUGUGGAGAGUUGUUUAGAUUGACAGGUGGAAGAUGAUAUCAAGAAACCUCUGUUAGCCUCGUCUGGUUCCUGCUCUCCCUUCAGUGAGGCUGCCUGUCUACUCACCACUGUGCCUUUCUGGAAAGCAGGAGUUCAAGCCUUAGCAAGCCCACCGGCCCCCAGCACAUGAUGAGGACAUUGUAGACUCAACAUCUCAUGCCAGUCAUUAUCUUUGCUGAUGAUCCUAACAGCCAUUUUUCUUAACAUCUUCUGCCACUUUCUCUCGGUGGUAAUGGAUGGAAUUCCUGCAGAAGUUUUAACUGAACAAGAAAUCCCAGCAAAAGGCAUUUUCUUUUUACUUCUUUGUGGAAAAGCAGACACUUCUCUGAAGCAUGACCUUAUUCUUCCAAACAGUAUUGCUAGUAAAAUAUCAUGCUAGACUUUAGACCUCAGGGAUCCUUUCCAUGCACUCACCAAAAAUUGUGAUAAUCCUUUUUAUUUUUAUGGCUUUUUACAGUUUCUCAUUCUGUCAACCAUAUUGGAGUAAAGUGGUGGCAUACGCAUCACUCACUGUAAUCUCCAUCUCCUGGGCUCAAGUGAUCCUCUAGACUCAGCCUCUAGAAUAGACUACAGGCACAUGCCACCAGGCCCGGCAAAUUGUUUUAUUUUUAGGUAGAGAUAGGGUCUUCCUAUGUUGCCCAGGAUAGUCUUCAAAUCUUGGUCUCAAGCAAUCCUCCCAUCUUGGCCUCCCAAUGCUCUGGGAUUACAGACAUGAACCACAGUGCCUGUUGUAGAAAUUUUUUAAUUAUUUAAUAUGAAAAUAUUACAUUCAUGAUUAUUUUAUUUAGUAAAUAAAAUAACAGAGAGCCCAGAAAUAAACCUGCACACUUAACUGCCAUCUAAUCUUCAACAGAGAUGAGCAAUGUGGGAAAGAUUCCCUAUUAGAAAAUUAGUGCUGGGAUAUCUGGCCAGCCAUAUGCAGAAGAAUGAAACUGAGCCCCUAGCUCUCCCCAUAUAUGUUAAAUAACAUGGAUGAAAGAUUUAAUGUAAGUACUAAAACUGUAAAAAUCCUGGAACAUAACCUACGAAAUACCAAUGCAGACAUAGCGCCUGGCAAAGAUUUCAUGAAGAAGACACUAAAAACAAUUGGAACAACAACAAAAAUGGACAAAUGGGACCUCAUUAAACUAAAGAAAUCUGCACAGAAAAAGAAACUAGCAACACACUAAACAGACAGCCUGUAGAAUGGGGGAAACUAUUUGCAAAGUAUGCAUCUGACAAAGGUCCAAUAUCCGGAAUCUAUAAGGAACUUAAACAAUUGAACAAGCAAGAAGAAAAAGCCCAAUUAAAAUUGGGCAAAGACAUGAACACACUUUUCAAAAGAAGACCUACAAUUGAUCAACAAGCAUAAAAAAUGCUCAAUAUCACUAAUCAUCAGAUAAGUGCAAAUCACAACUGCAAUGAGUUACCGUCUCUAACCAGUCACAAAGUCGGAGAUGGUGGCGAGGCUGCAGAGAAAAGGAAACAGACACUGUUGGUGGGAAAGCAAACGUGUUCAGCCGCUAUGGAAAGCAGUCUGGAGAUUCCUCCAAGAACUUAAAAUAGAACUGCCAUUCUACCCAGUGAUCCUACUACUCAGGAUAUAUCCACAGGAAAAGAAUUCAUUUUAUCAAAAAGACAAAUGCACCAAUAUGUUCAUUGCAGUGCUGUUCUCACUAGCAAGGACACAGAAUCACAAUCUAAGUGCCCAGGAACAGUGAAUUGAAUGAAAACAAAUGUGGUACAUAGACACCAUGGAAAUCUAUGCAGCCACAAAACACAGCAAAAUCAUGUCCUUUUCAGCAACAUGGAUGGAACUAGAGGCUAUUAUCCUAAGCAACCUAAUGCAAGAACAGAAAACCACAUACUGCAUGUUCCCAUUUGAAAGUGGCAGGUAAACAUUGAAUUCACAUGAACCACAGAUGCUGGAAAUCACCAGACCGGGGAGAAAGGAGGAUCACCUGGGCUGAAAAAUCACCUGUUAGGUACCAUGCUUACUGUUUAGGCGAUGGGAUCAUUGGGACACCAAGCCUCAGCCUCCCAAAAUCUACCCAUGUAAAAAACCUGUUUAUGUACCUUUUAUUAUAUAGGUUGAAAUUAAAGAUGAAUAAAUAAAAUGACACAAGGCCAAAAACAAAUGGGGUUAACUGACCAAAGUAAGAGAACUCUGCACUAUGAACCAAAACCCAGCUCAAAAAGAAACUAGUCAUUGAAAAUAAUCAUAAGUUGUCUGAUGAUAAUUGUAUAAAAAUUUGUAUGAUGAUAAUUGUAUAAUAAUUAUGUAAGUGCCAAAACCCUAAAAUUAAACACUCCAUAAUGGAAUUACA